UGGGAGGAGGCUCAGCACAGAGGGAGGAAGCACAGCAGAGCGGCCCCUGCACAGCAGCAACCUGAGCCGUCUCUGAGGCCAGAGCUCUUCCCACAGAGGGAGGACAGCACAGGCAGCAUGGCCAUGGAGUGCCCCUCAGCUCUUCUCCACAGGGAGUGCGUCCCCUGGCAGAGGCUCCUGCUGGCAGUCUCACUUUUAACCUUCUGGCACCUGCCCAUCACUGCCCAACUCAGUAUCAAAUCGGAGCCGUUCAAUGCCACCCAAGGGAAGGAUGUUCUACUAAGUGUUUACAAUGCAUCAGUGGAUGUUAGCGGGUACCAAUGGUACAGAGGGGAAAGGGUGGACAAGAGCCAACUAAUUUUACAAUAUGAGAUGAAUUCUCAAAAAGUCACUGAAGGACUUCAAUAUAGCGGUCGAGAGGAAAUAUUCUCCAAUGGAUCCCUGCUCCUCCAUAAUGUCAGCCAAGACGAUGCAGGAUUCUACACCAUACAAACCGUAACUGGCAUUGAAACUGACCAAGCAAUUGGACAAUUCCGCGUAUUCUUGGAACUGCCCAAACCCUUCAUCACUAGCAACAACUCCGACCCUAUGGAGGGUGAGAACUCUGUAACACUCACCUGUGAGCCUGAGACUCCGGACACAACCUACCGCUGGUGGAUAAAUGGUACGAGCCUCCCGGACAGUGACAGGAUAGCGCUGACCAAGGACAACAGGACUCUCACUUUACUCAAUGUCACGAGGAAUGACACAGGACCCUAUGAGUGUGAAACUCAGAACCCAGUGAGCACCAACCGCAGUGACCCCGUCUUCCUGAAUGUUUCCUAUGGCCCGGACCCUCCCACCAUUUCUCCCCCAGACUCGAAUUAUCCUCCAGGAUCAAACCUCAGCCUCUCCUGCCACGCAGCCUCUAAACCACCUGCACAUAAUGCAAAUGAUAGUGGAUCCUACAUCUGCCUCGCCCAUAACUCAGUCACCGGCCUCAAUAGAACCACAGUCAAGAAUAUCACAGUCCUUGAGCCUGUACCAAAGCCCUCCCUCAAUAUCAGCAACACUACAGUGACAGAAGAGGACUCUGUGGUCCUGACCUGUGUCUCAAAUUACAACGGAACCUUCUCCACCACGUGGUUGAAGAAUAAUAAGAGUCUGGUGAUCAUAAAAGAUAGGAUGACGCUGUCCCCGGACAAUAGCAUCCUCACCAUAGACCCUGUCAAGAAGGAAGAUGAAGGGGAGUAUCAGUGCGCAGUCUCAAACUCGGUCAGUUUCAACCCAAGUGACCCCGUCAAGCUGUAUGUGAGAAGUAAUCCAAAACCAGACAAUGGCCUCUCAGAUGGGGCCAUUGCUGGCAUCGUGAUUGGAGUACUAGCCGGCGUGGCUCUGAUAGCAGGCCUGGUGUACUGUCUCUUUUUCAAGAAAACUAGAGGGUCAGGGACAUUCUGAUAACUCACUUAACAAGACGGAUGACGUUGCAUAUUCUUCCCUGAACUUCGACGCCCAGAAAUCAACACAGCCGACUUUAUCUCCUUCCUCGACAGCCACAGAAACUAUUUAUUCAGAAGUAAAAAAGAAG